AUGGAUGAUAUAGCGGGGUUGAAGUGGUCUUCAGCCCCGGCUAAUGGACAGAAGCCCUCCGCAUCGAACUAUUCAGCCUUCUCUACGCUGAAACCCACUCCCCCGGCCUCAGGGCGAGCCUCGCCAUUGAGCUCGACGUCUCCUCAGCCUCCUUCGAAGCCGAUCACUCCUUCAAAUGACAGCUUCGCGAAUUUGGUACCUUUCGGAGGGAACUCUAGCAAGAACCUGUCGCUAGUGGAACAACAGAAGAGGCAGGCAGAGGCAAGGCAGCAACAACAAAGGGCGCAGAAUCUAGCAUCUACAGCUCAAUAUGCCGGCGGCGAUGACCAAUUCUGGGAGAGUCUGGGCAGUGGUAGGGGGACACCAGCCGUGGAGAGUGCUCGGAAUAUGGCGACUUCAAGAAAUAACGCCGUGAAAGAUGACAACGACGAUGAUCUCUUUGCAGCAUUCAACCAACCUCCCAAGGCGAAAUCAGGCCGAACAUCAGCGCCUUCGGAGGAAGCCAAGAUGGUCGAUGAUGACGACCCGUUCGAACUUUCAAAAGUAGGACAUCAGAAGACUGUCAUCACGGCUGCUGUGAGCACUCUGGAUAGUGACGAGGACGUGUUGGGACUACUUGGAAAACCCGCGCCUGCGCAUGCCCCGGUCCAACCAAGGAUGGAAUCUCCUCCACCUGUUGCAGAGUCAGGUGUAGCCAGCCUUAAUCCUCAGGACAGAGCGGUUGCGGAGCUUGUUGACAUGGGAUUUCCCGCGGAGAAGGCUCGGAUUGCUUUAGAACAAACCGAUUCUGGCACAGACAUCCAGGCUGCCGUUGGAUACCUGCUUAACCAAGCACAUGCCGAAUCACGUCAACAAACACAGCCAAGAGCUGCCAAUCGGCAAAGAGAAUCAGAUGGGGAGCAUGGGAGGAGCCGGCUCGGAUCACAAACAAGACCGUCAGCACGAUCGGAAGACUCUCAUGGCGUCCAACGUAGAGAGCAAGGCUCGGGGCGUGCCACAGAAAAAGACCUUGAACAUAUGGCAGCGGAAUUUGGGACCAACCUUUUGAAAACAGCUGGCGCAUUGUGGAAACAGGGUACAAAGAAAGUUCAACAAGCCGUGCAAGAACUGAACUCUGACAGCGACUCGGGCAGUCAACCCCGGUGGAUGCGAGAAGCAGAGCGCCCCAUCCAGCCGGAUCCUCGGUUACGACGGAGGGAAGACGAAAUUGCCACAAACAGGCAAAGCGGUCCAAGCAUGGAAACACAAGGUUCCGCGCGUGUGACAGACGAGGCAAUGAUGCUUGAGUCUAGCCGGCCAACGCCUCCUCCGCGCCCAAUGGCAUCGGCGCGUCCCGAGCGGCGAUUCGAAUCUAGUGCUGACAGUUCCCGCGACCAAUCCCCAAAUAUGCACUCUGAACUGCGGGAGACGCUGUCCCAGAAACCGCCAGGGUUCAUGCGGCAGCAGAACUCGGCUCCGGUAGCAAGUUCACGAACUACACUGAACAAAACGGCUGCUGAGCAGCAGGCCGCUCAAGCCUAUGUCAGUUCAGCACGAAGGCGGAAGCCCCCGACCGCGGCUCAGGUACCCGUUGCAUCAUCAGAGCCAGACCUCCUUGCUGGGGCUUCCAAUGAACUGGGUAGUAGAAGGCACCCAACAAGCGUGGCAACCCAGCUUCCUACACGCCCAAACUCACAACCGGCGCGGCGAGUCGAGGCGCCUGUACGACCACCACCUCCGACUAGGAAAGUCCCUCCAGUGUCCGAUAUCAGUCUCAAAGCAUCACAUUCCCACCGUGAGAAAGGGAACGAACAUUUUAAACGUGGCGACUACUCCUCUGCUCAUCAGUCCUACGCCACGUCGAUAUCAUACCUCCCUGAUACCCAUCCCCUGAUCAUUGUCCUUCUGACCAACCGGGCCCUGACAGCACUCAAAAUCGGGGAGCCGAAAGCUGCCAUUGCUGACGCCGAUAGGGCUAUAGCAGUGAUCGGUCCAUCCAAGGGUGAAUUGGAGACUAUUGACUUUGGCACCGGCGAUGCCCCCAAACCCAUGCGUGACUACUACGGCAAGGCUCUGAUGCGUAAAGCGGAAGCACUGGAACAGAUGGAGAAAUGGGCGGAGGCAGCUCUCGUCUGGCGUGAAGCCGUCGAGGGAGGCCACGGUGGUGCUACGAGCAUUCAAGGACGCAUCCGUGCCGAGAAGGCGGCGAACCCGCAAGCCGCGAAAGCAGGACUGCCGAUGGCAGCGAGGCGACCUGCCACGUCGACGCCUGGGACGAGAUGCCGCCCUGCAGCGACAGCAUCGGCGUCUUCCUCGACGUCCACAGCAGCGGCCGUUGCACGGCUUCGUGCCGCCAAUGUUGCCGCAGAAAAAGCUGAUGACGAGAAAUUCCGUCUGGCUGAUGCUGUGGACGCUCGCGUUCAAGCCUGGAAAGGAGGCAAGGCCGAUAACCUGCGGGCUCUCCUAGGGAGCCUGGAGAACGUCCUGUGGGAAGGCUCUGGCUGGAAGAAGAUCAGCAUGGCCGAUCUGGUGCUCCCGGCCAAGGUCAAAGUACAGUAUAUGAAGGGGAUAGCAAAGGUGCAUCCUGACAAGAUCCCCACGGAUGCCACGACCGAGCAGCGCAUGAUCGCUGGGGCAGUCUUUAGCACGCUGAACGAGGCAUGGGAUAAAUUCAAGGCCGAGAACGGACUCUAG